CUUGGUAUUGUAAUCAUUCAAAUGCUCGUAAGUCCACAGAUAACAUCAAAGCUAGGCCUAUACCAAGCCUAGCACGUACUUUUUUUUGGUAUCAUGGCAGGCAAAGUCGUAUUUUGUUCGUUUUUUGUUGCAUGUUUUGUUCUCCUACCAACGUAUAUACUUGGUACUUCGGAAGUUUUAUUACAUCCGCAAGCACAGAAAGCAUUUCAAGCUUUUCAACGAUUUGAAGGAGAAGCGAAUUCUACAGUCCCAGUAAAUUUAUUGAAGAAGAUCUUACAAAUGAUACUUGCUCCAGAUUACAUCAAAGCAAUCAAAGAAGCUCCUGGAGUAUCGGAAGAAUGUCGUUCUGAUUUCAUAACCUAUAUUUACGAUAAAAAGAAUAACUCGGAUUAUGCUAAUAGAAUGUAUUAUUCCAAUGGCGAUCAUAACUUUAUCAAGUCAUUGUACAGAUUUAACUUCGUGAGUUUGGGAAACUACGAGCUAUGUACCAGUGUCAAGGAGCAAGCACCCUACUCCCCAUUCGAGACUAAACAAUGCGCUAUUGCGUUUUGGGGAUUUAUUGUUCCUAUAAAGAGUGCGGUUUGCGUUCCAGUGUCAUGCAGUACAACUGACCUUUGGCUGAUUACAGAAGCUGUGAUAAAAGAAAACCCUAUACCGGACAUUGGACUGAAGUAUUUAAUUUAUUACGAGUGCAUUGAUGUCGUUCCAUGGUCAGCUGGUGCAAUUGUAACAAUGUGCAUCUUAUCGAUAUUUGCUGCUCUUGUGAUUGCCGGAACUGUUUACGAGACAGUGAAUAAUUAUUUAGAAAGACAUAAAACUAUACAACCAACCAAAGUAAAGCGUGUUGUUGAACCCGUCACAAACAAUGCUUACUCGAAUGAGACAUUUAUGUCCAAGACUAAUGAAGCAAUGGAGUUGAAAAAAGACGAAACCAGCGAAACCUCUUCUGGUAUUGAUACUGGCUCAGCAUCUUCAGUGGAAGCGAAUCCGAACUACGGCACUAUAGACGUAGAAAAUGUUCGGAGUACGGAUGUACAUGUUCAGAAUUCAUGCACAGCUUUUAUUGAGAAAUUGUUGAUGUGCUUCUCUGCUACAAAAAAUGGAUCCAAAGUUCUGAACUCUGGUAGUGCAGGAGGACAACUAGGGUGCCUUAAUGGGAUUCGUGUACUGAGCAUGUGGUGGGUUAUCUUGGCGCAUACUGCCUUAUUUAGCGCGGGGAAUAUAGAUGAUUAUGUAUUUACUGAUACAAUUAUGACAAGAUUUUCUUUUCAAGUGAUUACCAAUGGCACUUACUCUGUCGAUUCGUUUUUUGUCUUAAGCGGUCUUCUUAUAACCUAUCUGACUCUUAUACAUCUUAAGAAAACCGAUGGACGGAUGAAUUGGGCACUGUUCUAUUUCCACCGAUACUGGCGUUUAACACCCUUAUACAUGAUCGCCAUUGCAAUAAAUGCAAAUCUAUUUGUGUACUUUGGUAAGGGUUUAUCAAUGAUCGGAUACCAAUACUUCUUUCACACUGCAUGUGAGAAAUAUUGGUGGACAAACCUCUUGUACAUCAAUAACCUGUACCCAUUUCCAGGAAACCUUGGCGAGCAGUGUUUGUCGUGGGGUUGGUACCUUGCUAACGAUAUGCAAUUCUUUGUCAUCUCUCCGUUGCUAAUUGUACUGCUGAGAAAGAGUUGGAAGGCCGGUUUUGCUGCAAUAUCUGCUCUCUGUUUGUUGUCCUUUGCGGCAACAGCUUCAAUUAAUACCUAUUGGGGUUUGCCAAUCGAAGGUGGUUGGGAACAACAAAAAUAUAACAACCGGACGGAUUCAACCGAGUAUCCAGAUGGGGAUCGAGUUUAUGGCAAGCCCUACUGUCGUAUUCCAGCUUACCUAGUUGGAGUGUCUGUUGGAUACGUAUUGUACCGCCUCGAUAAAAAGCAACUGAAGAUACCAAUGAUGGCUGUUCUGUUGGGCUGGUGUGCAGCAGUAGCAACGGGACUAGCUGUUAUAUAUGGAUUGUGGAGUACUUAUGAUGGACACCAGGUUCCCCAGGGUGUGGCUGUAUUUUAUAACACCGUUGCACGAUUCUCUUGGUCGCUUGCUGUAGCUUGGGUUGCCUUUGCGUGUAUUACCGGCUACGGAGGUUUUGCGAACACCCUUCUUUCUUGGAGUGUUUGGUCGCCCCUUGGACGUUUAAGCUACGGUGCCUAUCUAUUUCACCCGUUAGUUAUAUACGGCAUAGUACUUACAUGGAAGACUGAGUUCCACUUCACAAUUCCCAACUAUGCUAAUCUCUUCAUUGCAUGUAUGGCGCUUUCGUACGCUGUAGCUUUUGUGAUGUCAUUGAUCAUAGAAGGACCAUUUAUGGCGCUGGAAAAACUGAUGCUUGGAAAAACCAAACGAGAAUAGUGAUUAAUGAGAGAAAUGCAUUCUUCUUAUAUACUUCAAAUUCACUGAAAAAACGCAAACGAAGAAUAAUAGGCUGCCUACAUUAGGCUAAAACAAGUUGAGGCUUAGUGGUUACGAUUGAACAUCUUCAGCGUCUGUGUUAAAAAUUCGAUUUUUCUCACAAAAUAUAAAAGCAAAACUGCA